AUGUUCUACUCACAUCAAAAUAACGACUUUUGGGAUCGGCCCAUCGUCUUCAGCCCCAAGCGCAUCGUGCGAGUCCUCACUAUCUGCGUGCUUGUCACCCUUUCUUUAUUCACUGUGCUGUGGAUCGCCCCGGGCAGGCGGCCUUCAAGAACCUUAGCGCCUUUGCAGGACAAGGCUGCUGAUUCGACUUCUCACAGCUCGAGCCAGGAUAACAGUCUUAAAGAAUUGCAAUAUCCUUCUACCGAGAGUACGAAUCUUAAAGAACCAUCAUAUUCCUCCAGCAAGAGUUCGGACCUAGAGGAAUACCCCCACUCCAGGGAAAGCUCAGACCUGAAGGAAGCGUCUUACCCUGAGGAAAAAUCCGUCUCGAAGGAAAAGACCAAGUCUUCACACAACUUAGCGUCUCUUGCAGACAGCGGAACACAAGCAACAUUCACAAAAACGCCAUAUCCCCCCUCCCUCCUGGUGAUGACGAAGAAUACAUAUCUAUAUGUAUGGCUGUGA